AUGGCGCCCAGCUCGAAAUCGGAGCGGAACAGCGCGGCUGGGAGCGGCGGCGGCGGCGGCCCCGGGGGAACCUCGGGGAAGCGGGCGUCGGGGCGGCGGCGGGAGCACGUCCUCAAGCAGCUGGAACGGGUCAAGAUCAGUGGGCAGCUUUCCCCUCGCCUCUUCCGGAAGCUACCACCCAGGGUCUGCGUGUCCCUCAAGAACAUCGUAGAUGAGGAUUUUCUCUAUGCAGGGCACAUCUUCCUGGGCUUUUCCAAGUGUGGCCGCUACGUGCUGUCUUACACCAGCAGCAGUGGGGAUGACGACUUCUCCUUCUACAUCUACCACCUGUACUGGUGGGAGUUCAAUGUGCACAGCAAGCUCAAGCUGGUCCGGCAGGUGCGGCUCUUCCAGGAUGAGGAGAUCUACAGUGACCUGUACCUGACCGUGUGUGAGUGGCCCAGCGACUCCUCCAAGGUCAUCGCCUUCGGCUUCAACACCCGCUCCGCCAACGGGAUGCUCAUGAACAUGAUGAUGAUGAGCGACGAGAACCACCGCGACAUCUACAUCAGCACCGUGGCGGGGCCACCACGCGGCCGUUGUGCUGCCUGUCAGGACGCCAGCAGGGCCAACCCAGGCGACCCGAGUGCACAGUGCCUGCGGCAUGGCUUCAUGCUGCACACCAAGUACCAGGUAGUGUACCCCUUCCCCACCUUCCAGCCCGCCUUCCAGCUCAAGAAGGACCAGGUGGUGCUGCUCAACACCAGCUACUCCCUGGUGGCCUGCGCCGUCUCCGUCCACUCGGCAGGUGACAGCCGUUUCUGCCAAGUCCUGUAUGACCAUUCAGCUCCACCUCCAGCCCCCGCCAGCCCCCCCGGGCCUUGGAGCCCAGAAGUGCCCCCCGCCUUCCCCAGCCUCAGCCCCGAGGCUGCCCCAACCCAGCCCUCCGGGGCCCCUGAGCCCUCACCAGCCAUCGCCAAAGCCAAGGAGUUUGUGGCUGACAUCUUCCGUAGGGCCAAAGAGGCCAAGGGUGGCACCUCAGAGGAAGCACGUCUACCUCAGGGUCCUGGGCCUUCAGGCAGCCGCUGCCGCCCACUCUUGGAACCCCCAGCCCCAAGCGGAGAGGUGGCACCCAGGGACAGUCCUUCCACAGCAGAAACAGCUGCUCCUGAGCCUGGCUACAUCAACUACACCAAGUUGCACUACGUGCUGGAAUCCAGGGAAGGGGCUGAGCCUGAGGAUGAGUUUGAGGAUGACAAGAUCUCCCUGCCCUUCGUGGUGACUGACCUCCGUGGCCGCAACUUGCGGCCCAUGCGUGAGCGGACAGCCGUGCAGGGCCAGUACCUGACUGUGGAGCAGCUGACGCUGGACUUCGAGUAUGUCAUCAACGAGGUCAUCCGCCAUGACGCCACCUGGGGCCACCAGUUCUGCUCUUUCAGUGACUAUGACAUAGUCAUUCUGGAGGUCUGCCCAGAAACCAACCAGGUCCUCAUUAACAUCGGUCUGCUGCUCCUGGCCUUCCCUGCCCCCACCGAGGAGGGCCAGCUCCGACCAAAGACCUACCAUACCAGCCUCAAGGUGGCCUGGGACCUCAACACAGGCAUCUUCGAGACCGUCAGUGUGGGGGACCUCACCGAGGUCAAAGGGCAAACCAGUGGCAGCGUCUGGAGCUCCUACCGCAAGAGCUGCGUGGACAUGGUCAUGAAGUGGCUGGUGCCCGAGAGCAGCGGCCGCUACGUGAACAGGAUGACCAACGAGUCGCUGCACAAAGGGUGCUCCCUGAAGGUUCUGGCGGACAGCGAGCGGUACACGUGGAUUGUGCUGUGAGGGCCGCCGCCCCGCACCUGACUCCAACUACCUCCGCGGGCCCAGUGGACCGCCUUCCUGGGCUGGCCCGUCCCCGGCCUAGACCGGGACUAGUGUUAGGCUACGGAAGGGUCUGGUGGGUGGCCCCUGCUGGCCCCAGAGUCUGGACGCUUUUUUAUUUAUGCCUAUUUAAGUUGGGAACGGGUAGAGGGAGGGAACCCCUGUCCCUCAAGCCUCCAGUGCCCACCUUAACCCCAACACACAGGGCCAGGUGCGGCUCCCUGUGCCGUGUCCCCUUUCCUGGGUAGAUGUGGACCUCUUCCCUCCAGGGAGACCCAGUGCCCUGGCCUUCCCCCACCUGGGGUGGGAACCCCAUGGCCCCCUACCCUCUUCCUCCUUUAAUAAAUGCUUCAUUUCUGAGCUUG